AACGGGCUUUCGUCAGGUGCAUGGCCCGGUGAAAUAGGGUUAGAGAUUGGAGCGUUAUAUAAUGAUUUGUGGGAGUGCUGGCGAGAAGACGGCCAAGUGCUCAGAAGAGGCGGGGAGCGAAGUGUUAGACAGCAUUUCUCUACUCCUCUGCCAGGAUGGGUAUCUCACGGGACUCCAUGCACAAGAGGCGCGCUACCGGAGGUAAAAAGAAGGCCUGGAGGAAGAAGAGAAAGUAUGAGUUGGGAAGGCAACCUGCAAACACAAAACUUUCCAGCAACAAGACUGUGAGAAGGGUAAGAGUCCGAGGAGGCAAUGUAAAAUGGAGGGCUCUCAGGUUGGAUACUGGGAAUUAUUCAUGGGGAAGUGAGGCCGUAACACGCAAGACCCGUAUCCUUGAUGUGGUCUAUAAUGCUUCAAACAACGAGCUUGUGAGGACACAAACCCUUGUUAAGAGUGCGAUUGUCCAGGUGGAUGCAGCCCCCUUCAAGGCGUGGUAUCUCCAGCAUUAUGGAGUUGAACUUGGAAAGAAGAAGAAGUCUGCCUCAGCUACCAAGAAAGAGACAACUGAGGGGCAAGAGGGUGAACCUACUGCAGAAGUAAAGAAGAGCAGCCAUGUACUGAGGAAGUUGGAAAAGAGGCAGCAGGAUCGGAAACUUGAUUCUCACAUUGAGGAUCAAUUUGGUACCGGAAGGCUGUUGGCCGCCAUCUCCUCUCGCCCUGGCCAGUGUGGUAGAGCUGAUGGCUACAUAUUAGAAGGAAAGGAGCUCGAGUUCUACAUGAAGAAGAUACAGAAGAAAAAGGGCAAGGGAGCAGGAGCUGCAUGAGUAAUUAGCGUUCGGUUCUUUGUUUUCUCUAGCUGAUUUCAAAUAGCUCUAGUUGAGUCCUCAAUCCUUUGAGAUUGAGAUUUAUUUGCUUGUGAAAGUUUUGAACAUUGGACGGUCAUGGCGACUUUGAUAACAUUAAUCUCUUUUCCUAUUCAAAUCCUUUGUUUUCCUUUUA